AUUCUCAUAAGCAAUCGAUUGAUGAGUUUAAAUGUGAAAUAUAUUUUAUAGUCAUUAUUAUUCAGAUUUGUCACCUUAUUAUACCUUAUAUUCACAUUUGGUAUCAAAUAAAUUUUGUUUAUUCCCAAAAAUUGGUUAACCAGAAAUGCUAAAAGUCAGAGCCAACUAAUCUCAAUCUCAUUGUUAUAAUAACUGUAAUAAUAUUAUUAUUCACAAUAAUAAAGUCAAACAAAUAAGAAUUGACGAGAAAAUGGCUCAAAACGAGGACUCAAUGAAUAAUAAAAUAAACUUUGCAGAAGGCAAUGUGAGAAGAGCCACAGUAACCGACGUCUAUAUAAUGCAAAAACAAAAUAGCGUUCACUUCGGAGGGAGUGAGUCAACAGACAGUGGCCAAGGAGUGUGCGGCGCAAUACUGACCCUCUUAUCGCUGGCAGUGGCCGCCUGUACUUUCCCCUUCUCACUCUUCUUCUGCAUCAAAGUUGUCCAGGAAUAUGAACGCGCCGUCAUCUUCAGACUCGGUCGUCUACUGCAUGGAGGUGCAAAAGGACCUGGUAUAUUCUUCAUCCUGCCGUGCAUCGAGCACUACACGAAAGUGGACUUAAGGACCCUGACGUUUGAUGUACCGCCUCAGGAGGUGCUGACGAAGGACUCGGUGACAGUGAGUGUGGACGCUGUGGUGUACUAUCGCGUACACAACGCCACUGUAUCCGUGGCUAACGUAGAGAACGCUCACCACUCGACCCGACUUCUGGCCCAAACCACUCUCAGAAAUAUGUUGGGAACUCAUAAUUUACACGAAAUCCUAUCCGAUAGGGAGUCCAUAUCCAACUCAAUGCAGACUGUUCUGGAUGAAUGUACAGGUGCCUGGGGUAUAAAAGUGGAACGUGUCGAGAUGUGAGUCACUAUUUUUAUUAUUCUCUUUUCUCUCUUUUCCCAAAAACCCCGCAAAUUAAGAAUUAUUUGGACGAAGUCACCGAAGUUUGGGGCAUUAAAGUAGAAAGAGUAGAAAUGUGAGUCCAUCCAGUACUACUUU